UUUCCCCCUUUGUAACGCAGGUGACUGCAGUCAUAUGUUUACUGGGCAGCCCAGUCAUUCCACAGAGCACAAGAGGAAGGUGUCUGCUCGCUGCUGUAGUUGUGUCAUUACCUGCAGCACUAGAGUGCAAGCCUUGUGACACAAUGCCCCCAAAGAGAGACAGAAGGUGCAGGGGCAAGCGGGCUCAGGUCAGUGGAGACUCUGGGUUGGGGAUGGUGGACCCCUUGCAAGAACAGAAGAAUGAGAAGAUCCGCCUCUUCAUGCAGGACUUCAUGCAACAAAAGAAGGAACGUGUGGCCGAGGUGAAGAAGGAACUGGAUGUUCUCAGUGCUCUUCCAGAUCAGAUAUUGGAGGUCGAGCUCCUGAAGAUGCCGAUGUCCAUUAGACAGAUGAAGGUUUCAGAGUAUUACAAGCUGAUGGAAGCAAACAAGAUGGACGCAGCUGUGAAGGUAGAUGCUCUGGACGAUCUACCAGAGGUUAAACUAGUCAGGAAGAACAGCCGGAAGGCUAAGGAGAUGACAUCUGCAGACUAUCGGGAACCAGUAGGGUGCAAAGUGAUGUCCACAUUGCAGAGGAACCGGACAGUCCAAAAGGUUCCAAAAAGUAAAUCUCUGGUUUCAUUGACUGGCGGAAUUGAGAAGAGAACCAUAGCCAUGACCAGGUCUAUCUCUGCUACCCCGCUAAAUAAGGCGCCCAAGAAGAUGAUGACAUCUGUCUCCUCCACUAGAUUGGUGUCUCGCACAUCAAGAAAUGCCGUCCCCCCUCCCAGCCGGUCGUCCCGGAAUGGGGGAUUCUCGUCCCUGAGUGACAAUCUGACCCUAUAUGAGGGUCUCCCCUUCAUACAGAUACCACUGACGGAUGGACAGACGCUGUCAUCGGCUUUUGAUGACCUGGAGACGCUGGACGUGGAGCUGCUAAGACACGACACAGUACAGCACAUUCAUACGCUUGUCGGCCAGUUGACCAAUCUCUACACAAAAGCCUCAACGCAGCAGCAAGGGAGCGGACAUGGCCAAGGAACAUGAAGACCGUGCGCAGAGUUACCUGCAGGAUAUGGGGG